CGCACUGUGCGCCACGUGAUCGCAGGCCUGAGUGCGCCGGCCGGCCGUUCGGUCCCUGGUCGCGUUCCUGCCCUCUUCCCUCUUCUCUCCCCGCCUCCCGGCUUCAGUACCGACGCGGCCCGGGCUGGAGACGACCCGGAGUCGCAGGGACGUCAAACAUGGAGGCCUGAGCCGGCGUGCGCCACCCGGGCUUCCGCGGCGGCCGCAGCUCGGCCGGAGCCCUCCCUGCCGCCCGCCGUGGUUGGAGAGCUGGAGAUCUGGAAGCGGAGCCCGCCGGCCGAGACAGGUGGUCUUAUGGAAAUGAAGGUUUAAGGACAAGGUGUUUGCCAGACUAGAAGAUGGGGUCAAACAGUAGCAGAAUCGAUGACCUUGCCACAAACGAGUACUUGAAGAAGCUGUCAGGAACAGAGUCUGUCUCCGAGAAUGACCCAUUCUGGAAUCAGCUUCUCUCGUUUUCUUUCCCUGCACCAACCAGCAGUAAUGAGUUGAAACUUUUGGAGGAGGCAACUAUUUCAGUCUGCAGGUCAUUAGUUGAAAAUAAUCCUCGAACAGGAAACCUCGGUGCAUUAAUUAAGGUCUUCCUUUCUAGAACCAAAGAACUAAAACUUUCAGCAGAAUGUCAGAACCACAUCUUCAUUUGGCAGACACACAAUGCUUUGCUCAUUAUUUGCUGCCUGUUGAAAGUGUUCAUCUCUGAGGUGUCAGAGGAGGAACUGCAACUUCAUUUCACUUACGAGGAAAAGUCUCCUGGAAGUUACAGUUCUGACUCAGAAGAUCUUUUAGAAGAAUUGCUCUGCUGUUUGAUGCAGUUAAUCACGGAUAUUCCACUGUUGGAUAUUACAUAUGACAUUUUGGUUGAAGCUAUAUCAACAGUGAUUGUUUUCCUUUCCUGCCAACUUUUCCACAAGGAGGUUUUGCGACAGAGCAUCAGUCACAAGUACUUAAUGCAAGGUCGAUGUCUUCCAUACACCAGCAAAGUUGUGAAAACCUUAUUGUAUAACUUUAUCCGGCAAGAAAAGCCGCCUCCUCCAGGAGCACACGUUUUCCAGCAGCCAUCUGAUGGGGGAGGACUGCUCUAUGGGCUGGCAUCAGGAGUAGCAACUGGACUCUGGACUGUCUUCACGCUGGGCGGUGUAGGCAGCAAAGCAACCGCCACUCCAGAGCUGUCUUCCCCACUGGCCAAUCAGAGUCUUCUGCUUCUGCUGGUGCUGGCCAAUCUGACGGAUGCUGCAGAUGCUCCAAACCCCUACAGACAGGCCAUUAUGUCCUUUAAGAACACACAAGAUAGCACUCCUUUCCCCUCGUCAACUCCACAUGCUUUCCAGAUUAACUUUAAUAGUUUGUACACGGCUCUCUGUGAACAGCAGACAUCUGACCAAGCAACUCUCCUGCUGUACACGUUGCUCCAUCAAAAUAGUAACAUCAGGACAUACAUGUUGGCUCGCACAGAUAUGGAAAACCUUGUUUUGCCAAUUCUUGAGAUUCUAUAUCAUGUAGAAGAAAGAAAUUCCCACCAUGUGUAUAUGGCCCUUAUAAUCUUGUUGAUCCUCACAGAAGAUGAUGGAUUCAAUAGAUCCAUCCAUGAAGUGAUCCUGAAAAAUAUUACUUGGUAUUCAGAACGUGUUUUAACUGAAAUUUCACUGGGGAGUCUCCUGAUACUGGUCGUAAUAAGAACCAUCCAGUAUAACAUGACAAGGACAAGAGACAAGUACCUUCAUACAAAUUGUUUGGCAGCCUUAGCAAAUAUGUCAGCACAGUUUCGUUCCCUGCAUCAGUAUGCUGCACAGAGGAUCAUAAGUUAUACCUGCCGCCACUUGCGGAGAUAUGUUUAUGUGUUGGACAAACUGUAUUUCCCUCACUCUCACUGUUCCACGCUUCAGCAUUGCUUCUCGACCCUCAGUGACAAUGGAGAGGAACUCUUGUCUUUAACUUGCUCUCACAUUCUCAGAUCCUAUGCUUCCAGUUUGUUUUCCUUGCUGUCUAAAAAACACAACAAAGUUUUGGAACAAGCUACACAGUCCUUGAGAGUUUCGCUGAGUUCCAGUGAUGUUCCUCUACCAGAUUAUGCACAAGACCUCAAUGUCAUUGAAGAAGUGAUUCGAAUGAUGUUAGAGAUUAUCAAUUCCUGCCUGACAAAUUCUCUUCAUCACAACCCAAACUUGGUAUAUGCACUGCUUUACAAACGAGACCUCUUUGAACAAUUUAGAACUCACCCUUCAUUUCAGGACAUAAUGCAAAAUAUUGAUCUGGUGAUCACCUUUUUCAGCUCAAGGCUGCUGCAGGCCGGAGCUGAGCUGUCAGUGGAACGCGUGCUGGAAAUCAUCAAGCAAGGGGUUAUUGCCCUGCCCAAAGACAGGCUGAAGAAAUUUCCAGAACUGAAAUUUAAGUACGUGGAAGAGGAGCAGCCCGAGGAGUUUUUCAUCCCCUACGUCUGGUCUCUGGUCUACAACUCGGCAGUCGGCCUGUACUGGAGCCCACAGGACAUCCAGCUCUUCACCAUGGAUUCCGACUGAGGGCACCGCCACUGGCACCCCACCCCGCCAGGCAGCUCCUCCCGUCACGUCACGUCACGUCACGUCACGUCACGUCACACAGAAGCUGAUGGGUGGCCAAAGAGGAGCCCACCUCAAGAGCCUGUGCCAGUCAGCACAGACCACCCAGCAUAGAUUGUAGAGCAUAAAAGGGGCGCCCAGUCAUAAUAAAUGUAAAAACCUGCUAUCCACAUGCUAUUCUCUUUACAAACCAAAAAUUUAGAGCUUUUUCUAGGAACCUGAUGCCUUAGGCAUGUCACACUUUACCAGGACAUUCUCUUACACUUUUUUUUCUCUUUCUUCCUUUAUUCUUUUUUUUGUCUAGUGUAUGUGUACGUGUAUGUUUCUUUCCUUCAACAUUAAGAACUAUCCAUACGCUUCCAGACAAUUAGCCUUGCAGAAAAAUAAGAACUAUCCAUGGAGGCUGGGUGGUGGCGCACCUGGUUGAGUGCACACAUUACAGUGCACAAGGACCUGGGUUCAAGCCCCCAGUCCCCACCCGCAAGGGGAAAGCCUCACGAGUGGUGAAGCAGGGCUGCAGGAGUCUCUCUGUCUCUCUCCCUCUCUGUUACUCCUUUCCCUCUCAGUUUCUGGCUAUCUCUAUUCAAUAAAUAAAGAUAAUUGAAAAAAUGUUAGAAGAAAAAAAAGAAUCAUCCAUAUGAAAAGUAGACAAAGGGAAUCAGCUGGUGUCAGAGCCGCGGCCCCUCCCCCAUGAGCCAGAGCUGCCCCCACCCCCACCCCCAACUGUCCUGUGGAUUUGGCUGAGCCGCAGCCAGAAUUAAACUGGAGGCCAGCACAAAUUAAGUUCAUCUACUCUGAAUUAAUCACUGGAAAGAGAAAAGCUUCAUUUUGAAAGCAGUCUCUUUAUUUUUAUUGGUUUCCCCCCCUUUUCUUUAACCAGAUUAAUCGGAGAGAAAGGGAACAAAUCUGAUUAAUAGAAUAUUCCACAUAAAUGAAAGACAUGUUUUUCUUCUCAUUUCUGACUUUUGAAACACUCUCAGGUGGGGGCCAGGGGCCUGUACACACCCUGCAGUGGGUCCUGAACUGGAGGAAGGAGCUUCUCCAAGGCGACCAGUCUCCUGUGCAACCCCAAGGGACUGCGCUAACAGAGGACAUGCCCGAGGGCCCCUUGGUCCUGUCCCCACCAUGCCAGGCCCCCUCAUGGUCUCUGUCUCAAAGGCAGACUGUUUGCUCCUCUACAGCGAGCUCAGGUUCCCAGCCGAGACUCAGUGCCUGCUUCUCCCUGCUGCUCCUGACGUCAGGCAGAAUGUCAGGGACCCGCUUCUCCUGCCCCUUGUCCCUGGGCUAGACACACACACACCCCCCCCCAUCGUUUCAGCCCAUCACUGUCUUCUGCAGUCACAGGGGAGCCAUCUUCAGCCAUACAAGCUGUGCGGAAGGUGGGCCAUGCAGCCCAAUGUGCUCCCCACCUCAGCUCUCCGGGCGCAUGGACUUAGGAAGGGCUGUGACGGGGGACUCUUGAUUUAAGGUCACAUAGAGAGAUGUCACGGCUUCUGCUCAGUCUGGUUGGGAGGUGGAAGGGAGAUUAAAAGUAGAAGGAGACAUCCUUGCAGAAGGAGGAAGUGAUGUGACUAUCAUUUCAGGUAGCAAUUAUUUUUAUUUUCUGCGUGAGGACCUGGCCUACAGCUUUUACUCGUUUCCCAAGCAUGUGACCUGCUGCCCUUCUCUGAACCCAGACACAAAAUUGCUCCUUUAAUCCGAGCCCCGCUACAGCCCUAGAGCUAGCCCCUGAAGCUGAGGGCUGGGCAGGGCCUGGGGGACAGUCUGGCCCUCAAAACCGGGUCCUCGAGGGCAGACACCAAGGAAGCCCCAAUUGACAGAGCCUGUCUCCAGCAGCUCGCAGCCUCAGUUUCUCAGCCACCCAGGACAAACCCUCACUGCCCUCACAGCUCAGCUGAGGCUUCAGCUAGUCCCGUGCGCCCCCGAGAACUCCACAUCUCGGCCUCACAGCUCUGAAGAGCUUCCAGGAGUCUCUUUAUUUUGGUGAAAGACUUGUUACAUGGCAAUAAAGAUGCUGACAUGAUCAGCUCGAAUCAC